CGAUCAGCAGAUGAUCAAUGUCAUUUAAUAUUAAAACUAGUUGACUCAGACCAACCCAAAUAUGUAGACAUUUCGAUCGAAUCAAAUAAAUGUUUAUAAGAGUCUACGAAAUAGAUCAGUCUUCAAAUUGGCAUUCUCCCUUUUGGAAUUGUUUCUAUUUUUGUUGGCCUUGGGUUUGUUGCCACCGCCUUGUGCAAAUACAACUUUGAGUGAAUUUUUCAUUUUGGCUAUAAUUGUAAAUACGAUUGAAGCCUUUCGAAUCUUAUACCUCCUAUUGAUAAUCUAUAACGAUUUGAUUGAAAUCCAUUAGAGUGAAGGUGAGAAUCGAUUACCCUAUCCUGAAUUUUCGUUUGCUAAUACUAAAUAUUUGUUGGAUGCUAUAUCGGAUUAUCAUAGUUCAUACAAGUUUAUAAAAUAUUUGAUGAUUGUAUUGAACAUAGUUGUAUUUAUGUUUGGAUAGGUGUAAAUUUAUAGGAAUUUGUAUGGGGAAUGCGAAAUAGGGUAGUCUGAAUUUAAUUUCACUUGGGGUGUGGCUAUCACCUUCCUCAUCCUGAGAUAUAUAACGAUAGGGAUUCCCACAUUGAUAGUGGUGAUUUACCUCUUGGUGCUACCCUUUGCUUAUUGUCUAAAUUUGAGCAAUCUUCAAAAAAGGAAUUCAGGUGGGGCCAGCACAGAAAAUCUUAAGAAAUUGAAGGUUGAAACGGUGGGAUAGGAACGAAUAAGCGAGGAUAAUGAAUGUGUAAUAUGUCUAUAGGAAUUUGUGGGAGGGGAAGAGUUCAUCAGAUUGGACUGCCAUUAAUUUCAUGUUUUUCAUAAGGCUUGCAUUUCUGACUGGCUGAAGACUCGAUCAGAAUGUCCGAAAUGUAGACAAGCUGUAAGAUUUAACUGA